UACUGGGUGUGUGCUCUGCUCAGAUAACACAGGCUUGAUAUUUUUGUGCUAUUUCUUAACUAAAUAUCAACAUUAAGCUAAUAUUUCAACAGUAAAUUCGAAACUUCAAACUGUGUGGUUAAAUAAAAACUGUAAAAUACUGUGUAGUGGUGUGUAGGCCUAGAUCUACAUCGUGUCUAUAUUUUAAUAGUAUGCUCGUGUGUGAAUUGCUACAGGCUACAGGAUUCAAGUUCUGUACAAAAACAUACUACACAGUCCUACAUCAUAAACUGUUAGACCGUGAUACAUAAUUAUAUUCUAUAAUAAUCUAUGCCUACAACGAGUAUAAUCUUAAUCUAAUAAUCUGCGAAAAGACAAAAUUGUGACUUCUAGCCCCACCCUUUACUGAAUGCAAGUUUCUAAUUUAUUGGAUUUGAGUUGAAGAGAUACAAAUUGACCAAUGUACAAAGUUGUCAUUGUGUUGGGUGUUAUUACUGUUUUCAUUAAAAUUCUAGUAAACACUACUAAUGCAGAUUCAGAAUUUAUAGAAAUGCUUGAUGAAAAAAAUUGUAUGAGAAAGGCUAACAAUGGUGAGACAGUAAGAUGUAAAGUCAAUGAAACAUGGCUGGCGUUCCUAAUGUGCAGUGACCACACUUAUUUUACUGGAUAUUUCAAGAUACAAGAUAGAUCUGCCUUUUGCUUGCCUUGCCAUGAAGUUUUCCAAAAUCUAGAACAAAGUCACCUAAGAAAAGAAUGUAAGCCUAUAUCACCUGAUGACACAUCUAGUCAUUCUAGUGCAGUACAAAAUGGACCAUUCAUAUGCCUUGGACUUUCAAUACUCAUCACUAUUCAUUUUUUAAUCUAAACCUUUUUUUUACUUGAAUAUGUCUUUCAUCUUAAUUAUUUUUACUCACUCCUGGAUAUUUUAUAGUAACUUAUUACAAAAUCAGUAUUUUUUACAAAAUGUGUAUAAAUCAUCUUUUAAUUAAACAGUCAAUAAUACAUUUGGAAAACAUCAAUUAUAAAAAAAAUAUAAUUUUUAUUAUUGCUGUUAAGUAUUUAUAGAUUUAUUUUUAUAAUAUUUAAUAGAAAUGAAAUUCUGCCCCAGCAUUAUUGAAAUUUAAAAAAAUUGCUUAUUAAAUUUUUAACAGACUAUUUUUUUUACCAAUAAAUUUAUCUUCAUGUUUG